CAUCACCAGGUAAUAGACAUGACUAAAUACACACGUCCUCUCAUUAUCUGUAUGUAAGGAAUAAAUUCAGUCACUGGAUGUGUUUCCUACAGUUAAGGAAGAGAGAAGAACAACAGAGAGAUGUCACAGGUCCUCUUCUUCCUCAGGAUGGGUCAGAAGAACAUCACAAUGUCCCACAGGGUGAUCAGGUCUUGAAUCCGGGUGAAAAUCUGAACAUUAUAUAUGUUACAGAGACAGAUGUGAAGGGUGAGGAGCAGAAUAUAGAGGACAUUCCUACAGAUAACCGCCUAGAUAACUUUCUCAGGAGCUCAAAGGGACAUCUGAUACCUAAAGAUUUUAAACCCAGUGAUUAUACUAUCAUACCAGAUACUUAUGAAGAGAAUAUCAUUAUUCCAGAUAUAUCCUCAGACCUGCAAAGCAAAAGUCUAUCAUCUGACCUUUCUCAAAGUGUCCUACCUUUUGAUUUAUCACAGACUGUUAAGCAAAAUAAAGAACACAGAAGGGGUGAUUAUCCAAGAAUUCACACAUGGAAUAGACCAUAUUCAUGUCCAGAAUGUUGGAAAUGUUACAGCUUUAAAUCACAUCUUGUCAGACAUCAGAGAAUUCACACAGGAGAGAAGCCCUAUUUAUGUUCAGAAUGCGGGAAAUGUUUUCGCAGUAAAUCAACUCUAAUUGCACAUGAGAGAACUCACACAGGGGAGAAACCAUUUUCAUGUUCAGAAUGUGGGAAAUGUUUUAGUGAUAAAUCAAGUCUUAUUAGACAUGAGAGAAUUCACACAGGGGAGAAGCCAUUUUCAUGCUCAGAAUGUGGGAAAUGUUAUACGAUGAAAUCGAGUCUUAUUAUGCAUCAAAUAUCUCACAAAGGGGAGAGGCCAUUUUUAUGUUCAGAAUGUGGAAAAUGUUUUAAACGUAAAUCAGAUCUUGCUAAGCAUCAGAAAAUUCACACAGGAGUGAAACCAUAUUCAUGUUCAGAAUGUGGAAAAUGUUUUAUCCAGAAAUCAGAUCUUAAUAAACAUCAGAGAGGCCACACAGGAGAGAAGCCAUUUUCAUGUUCAGAAUGUGGAAAAUGUUUUAGCGAUAAAUCAUGUUUUAUUUCACAUAAGAGAAUUCAUACGGGGAAGAAGCCAUUUUCAUGUUCAGAAUGCGGGAAAUUGUUUAACAAGAAAUCAAGUCUUAUUACGCAUGAGAGAAUUCACACAGGGGAGAAACCAUUUUCAUGUUCAGAAUGUGGAAAAUGUUUUAAACAGAAAUCAGAUCUUGCUAAACAUCAACGAGUUCUCACAGGGGAGAAUAGAUUUUUAUGUUCAGACUUGGAAAAGUUAUAGCUUUAAAUCAGAACUUGUUAGACAUCAGAGAACUCACAAAGGGGAGAGGCCAUGAACAAAAUUUUGCAAAUGUUUUAAACAGAAAUGAGAACUUAUUGAACAUCAAUGAACUCAUCCAGGGAAGAAUCCAUGUUCAUAAUGUGCAAAAUGUUUUAAUUGAAAAUCAAAUGUUACCAUCAGAAUUCACACGGGGGAACCGAUAAUAAUGUUCUAAAUUUAGGUUAUGUUUUAGCCACUAAUAGCAUUGUCUUAAACAUCAAUGCAUUUACACAUGGAAGUAUUUAUGUUAUAGUCAAUGUAAAGCAUUUUGGAACAUUAAAUGAUGUUUAAGAAAUGUCUAUAAACUCAAUGCCAAUAAAUAUUUGUUAU